UCCCGCCCAGGUAGCUCGUCCCGACCCGCAGCCGCUGCCUACAGGCUCUGUUCGCGGGAGGCUCACUCCCGGCUCGCCCUGGCUUGAGUCAGCGCCGCGCCUCCGUGGGUGGAGUCCUUCCGGCUGCUCGCGCCGCGUUUGCGGACGGGCCCUGGGUGCACCAGCUUGCUUGCCGGCUGGUCGCGACGGCGGACGCCGCGGAGGUGACGGAGCCGCAGCACUGCUCUUCCUUCAGAGCAGGGCGUCGGCUCCGGGACGUGAUCGCUGAUGGGAGCCCCGUGCCAGAAAACCUUCGUUCUCGGCGACCCCCACCCUGCAGAGACCGCCCCGUGACCCUCGAGGUUCAUUCGCACCCUGGGCACUUUUCCAAGCUUCUGGAGAAAACAAAAAUCAGAUCUGCAAUACUGGACCUAGAAUCCUGUGCGUUACCAGUCACCUAGAGCUGCUCCUUCGGGAUGAAAGCGACUCACAGAGGAGAGUCUGCCCUUGGAGGUCAGCUCCUGCCACCACCGGCCAGUGGCCCCAUCAUGUCUGGGCCUGGGACCCCAGAGCAGACUCUGGAUGUGCAGGGGGAUGGCCCCCUAGGCAGAAGGGACAAGGAUGCUGGGGAGGAGACACAGAGCUCCCACCGCAUGCUCAGCUUCAGCGAUGCACUGCUGUCCAUCAUCGCCACCGUCAUGAUCCUGCCUGUGACCCACACAGAGAUCUCCCCCGAACAGCAGUUUGACAAAAGUAUACAGAAACUUCUAGCAACCAGGAUUGCUGUCUACCUGAUGACGUUCCUGAUUGUGACUGAGGCUUGGGCAGCACACACAAGGUUGUUCCAGGCUGUUGGGAAAACAGAUGACACGCUUGCCUUGCUUAACCUGGCCUGCAUGAUGACCAUCACGUUCCUGCCAUACACGUUUUCCUUAAUGGUGACCUUCCCUGACGUGCCUCUGGGCAUCUUCUUGUUCUGCAUGUGUGUGAUCGCCAUCGGGGCUGUACAGGCACUGAUUGUGGGGUACGCAUUCCACUUCCCACACCUGCUGAGCCCGCAGAUCCAGCGCUCGGCCCACAGGGCCCUGCACCGGCAGCACAUCCUGGGCAUCGUGUUCCGGGGCCCAGCUCUGUGCUUCAUGGCAGCCAUCUUCUCCCUUUUCUUCUUCCCCAUGUCAUACCUGCUGAUGGCAACAGUCGUCUUCCUCCCCCACGUCAGCAAGGCCACCAGCUGGUGCAGAGACAGGCUCAUGGGCCGCCGAGAGACCCCAGCUCACAGUGUGCCAUUCACCUUUGACCUCCACCAGCCACUCAGCAAAGAGCGUGUGGAAGCCUUCAGUGACGGUGUCUAUGCCAUCGUGGCCACCCUCCUCAUCCUGGACAUCUGUGAGGACAAUGUUCCGGAUCCCAAGGACGUGCGGGAGCAGUUCCACGGCAGCCUCGUGGCGGCCCUGAGCGUGUAUGGGCCGCGCUUCCUGGCCUACUUUGGUUCCUUCACCACCGUGGGCCUGCUCUGGUUCGCCCACCACUCGCUCUUCCUGCAUGUCCGCAGGGCAACGCUGCCCAUGGGGCUGCUCAACACGCUCUCGCUGGCCUUCGUGGGCGGCCUCCCGCUGGCCUACCAGCAGACCGCAGCCUUUGCCCGGCAGCCCCAUGACGAGCUGGAGCGUGUACGCGUGAGCUGCGCCAUCAUCUUCCUCGCCAGCAUUUUCCAGUUUGCCAUCUGGACCACAGCCCUGCUGCAGGAGGCAGACACGCUGCAGCCGUCAGUACGGUUUGGCGGUUGUGAGCACGCGUUCAUGUUCGCCAAGCUUGCCCUAUACCCCUGUGCCAGCCUGCUGGCCUUUGCCUCCACCUGCCUCCUGAGCAGGUUCAGCACGGCCAUCUUCCACCUCACACAGAUCGCUGUGCCCUUCGCCUUCUUGCUGCUGCGCCUGCUCGUGCGCCUCACCCUGGCAGGUCUGCGGGGCCUGCGGGGCCUGGCCCAGCCAGCAGAGCCCCUGCCAAGCCAUGCGGGUGAGGCCGACGCACAGUCACAACUCCUCCCCGCUCCCUGCUAG